AUGCCAGCCAUCCUGGUAGCCUCCAAAAUGAAAUCGGGACUACCUAAACCCGUCCACAGCGCUGCUCCAAUCCUGCAUGUCCCGACAGCCAGGACCAUCCCACAGCCCUGUUACCUGAAGUUUGGGAACAAGGUGGAGGUGACGAAGCCAUUGUAUUCCAGCCAGAUUCCUCUCAAAUCAUCCAACGGACAAGAAAACGCGGGAGACGGCCUCCCAGCAAGGAAGAGUAGCUCGCUAGAAAAUGGAUUUGACACACAGAUUUAUACGGAUUGGGCUAAUCACUAUCUGGCAAAAUCUGGUCACAAGAGAUUGAUAAAAGAUCUACAGCAAGAUGUGACUGAUGGAGUCCUGCUAGCUGAAAUAAUCCAAGUUGUAGCAAAUGAAAAGAUUGAAGACAUCAAUGGCUGCCCAAAAAACAGGUCUCAAAUGAUUGAAAACAUAGAUGCAUGCCUGAGUUUCUUGGCUGCUAAGGGGAUUAACAUCCAGGGGCUGUCAGCAGAAGAAAUCAGGAAUGGGAAUCUAAAGGCCAUCCUGGGCCUGUUCUUCAGCCUGUCUCGGUACAAGCAGCAGCAGCAGCAGCCCCAGCACCAUCCAUCCCAGCAAGCAGGGCCCCCAUCCCAGUGCCAGCUGGGGCUGCCUCAGCAGCAGGUGCCAGCUCCGCUCCACACUCCGUGCCAACAGCCCCCACAAGCUGUGCAGCAGCAGUUAAAAGCACAACCAGAAAUGCAGUCCAGUGCAUCUCCCAGGGACUCAUCUCAAAGCAAAAUCAUCCGAUUCACUCUUGGUCAGAAAAGGUCUUCUAGACUUCCAGGUCCCACCAUGAGGGUGUCCGCUGCGGGCAGCGAGGCCAAAGCUCGUGGUUCCAUCAGUGCCAACAACCGACGCAGCCAGAGCUUUAACAACUAUGACAAAUCCAAGCCUGGCCUUCUCCCUCCCACCCCAACAAGCGGCAAUGACAAAGAGCCUGCAGACAGCACAGCCUCCCAGCCCACAGGAAUGAAUGAAAAUGUCUCAUCCUCAGUUCAAAGCUGCGGGAGUGCUGUUCCUUGCAAUAACUCCUCAGCCAUCCCUCAGCCCAGCUCUGCUAUUAAACCUUGGCGCAGCAAGUCCCUCAGUGCCAAGCACACAGCGACGUCUUCCAUGCUGUCCGUGAAGCAGCCGGCAGCGGAGCCUCCAAAGCCUCCCUCGGAGAUCACCAAAGCACCUCCCAACAGUCAGAAAUCCAUGCUGGAAAAACUAAAACUCUUCAACAGCAAGGGGGGCUCCAAAGCAGGAGUGUCCGGGACAACGCCGGAGUGUCCGGGCUCUCGGGACAACAGCUGUGAAAAGCUGGAGGCGCUUCUCAGCUUUGAGGAGAGCGAAGAGAUCGAUGCCACCAGCCAGAAUGUGAACAACCCGGGAUCCAUGUCCAGCAGCCCCAAAAUUGCACUCAAGGGAAUCGCACAAAGGACUUUCAGCCGCGCACUGACUAAUAAGAAAAGUUCUCCAAAGGGUAGUGAGAAGGAGAAAGAGAAACAAAAAGAGAAAGAAAAGGAUAAAAGUAAAGACAUUACAAAGAGAACAUCCAUCACCGAGAAGCUGGAGCUGAAGGAGGAACCUAAAGAAGAACAGACAGCACUAACAACAACAGAGAUGCCAAAAAAGUCCUCCAAGAUCGCAAGCUUUAUCCCCAAAGGAGGGAAGCUGAACAGUGCCAAGAAGGAGGCCUCUGCCCCUUCUCACAGCGGAAUACCAAAACCAGGAAUGAAAAACACCACAGGGAAAUCCUCAAGUGCCCCUGUUCCUGCCAAGGAAGGCGAGAGGAGCCGUGGCGGGAAGGCUGGCUCGGGGCUCUCGCAUCAGAAGUCCCAGCUGGACAGCCGUCAUUCCAGCUCCUCCUCCAGCCUGGCUUCCUCCGAGGGGAAGGGCGCGGGGGGCCUGCACGGCAGCAGCAGCAGCCAGGCCGUGAACGGGCCCGCGGUGAGCACGCACACCACGGGCAGCAACACCGUGAGCGUGCAGCUACCUCAGCCCCAGCAGCAAUACAGCCACCCCAACACCGCCACCGUCGCGCCCUUCAUGUACAGAUCUCAGACAGACAAUGAAGGGAACGUAACAGCCGAGGCCAGCACAGGAGGGGUCAGCAUGGAUUCUGCUCUUUAUGUCAAAACUGCCCAGCCUGCCCUCGAGGACCUCUCAGGAGAGGAUCCAGAGACGCGGCGGCUGCGGACGGUGAAGAACAUCGCUGACCUGCGGCAGAACCUGGAGGAAACCAUGUCCAGCUUGCGGGGAACCCAGGUCACCCACAGCACCUUGGAGACCACGUUUGACACCAACGUCACCACCGAGAUCAGCGGCCGCAGCAUCCUCAGCCUGACGGGGCGGCCGACGCCGCUGUCCUGGCGGCUGGGCCAGUCCAGCCCGCGGCUGCAGGCGGGCGACGCGCCGUCCACGGGCAGCGGCUACGCACCCUCCCCGGGCAGCGCCUACCUGCCCUCCCCGGGCAGCGCCUACCCGCCGCGGGGCAGCGCCGGCCGCUUCGUCAGCGCCGAGCCGGGCACCGCGCGCUACCUGUACCCGGCGCCGCUGCGGCGGCAGCUGGCCACGCGCGGCAGCGGCCUCUGCCACGUGGACAUCGCCGACAAGGCCGGCGACGACAUCGACCUCGAGGGCAUCGCUAUGGACGCCACCGGCUACAUGAGCGACGGCGACGUGCUGGGCAAGAACAUCAGGGCUGACGACAUCACCAGCGGGUACCUGACGGACGGCGGGCUGGGGCUGUACACGCGGCGGCUGAACCGGCUGCCCGACGGCAUGGCCACGGUGCGCGAGACGCUGCAGCGCGGCACCGCCCUCCGGCUCGGCGACGCCGACAGCUGGGAUGACAGCAGCUCUGUCAGCAGUGGGAUCAGUGACACCAUAGACAAUCUCAGUACUGAUGACAUUAACACCAGCUCCUCCAUCAGCUCCUAUGCCAACACUCCUGCCUCCUCCCGCAAGAACUUAGAUGCACAGACCGACGCAGAGAAGCAUUCCCAGGUGGAGCGGAAUUCCUUGUGGUCGGGUGAUGAAGUCAAGAAAUCCGAUGGGGGAUCUGAUAGCGGCAUAAAAAUGGAGCCGGGGUCCAAAUGGAGGCGGAACCCCUCUGAUGUGUCGGAUGAGUCUGAUAAAAGCACUUCUGGUAGGAAGAACACUGUUAUUGCCCAGACGGGCUCCUGGCGACGGGGCAUGUCAGCUCAGGUUGGCAUUACCACACCAAGGCCCAAACCUUCAACCACCUCAGGCACGUUAAAGACACCUGGAACAGGGAAAACUGAUGACGCCAAGGUAUCAGAAAAGGGUAGACUAUCUCCUAAAGCUGGACAUGUUAAACGUUCCCCAUCAGAUGCAGGACGCAGCAGUGGUGAUGAAUCCAAAAAGCUUCCCACAAGUAACUCUAGGACAGCUGCUGCUAAUGCUAAUACAUUUGGAUUUAAGAAACAGAGCGGGUCAGCCGUAGGCAUGACCAUAAUCACUGCCAGUGGGGCAACUCUCACCAGUAGAUCGGCUACCUUGGGAAAGAUCCCCAAGUCAUCUGGACUCAUGGGUAGGACCACUGGUCGGAAGACUAGUGUUGAUGGCUCCCAGAACCAGGAUGAUGGCUACUUAGCACUUAGUGCACGAACUAAUCUUCAGUACCGUAGCUUACCCCGGCCCAGUAAAUCCAGUAGCAGAAGUGGAGCUGGGAAUAGAUCUAGCACGAGUAGCAUAGACUCCAACAUAAGCAGCAAGUCAGCUGGGCUGCCUGUCCCUAAAAUCAGAGAGCCUGCCAAGGUAAUCCUUGGAAGCUCUCUGCCAGGAUUAGUCAAUCAGACUGAUAAAGAGAAAGGGAUUUCGUCUGACAACGAAAGCGUGGCUUCAUGUAAUUCUGUUAAAGUGAACCCUGCAUCACAGCCUGCUGCUAGCGGAGCUCAGAGUACCCACCAGCAAGGAGUCAAGUACCCCGAUGUGGCCUCUCCCACCCUGCGCAGACUUUUUGGUGGCAAGCCUAGUAAACAAGUUCCCAUCACAACAGCUGAAAAUAUGAAAAACUCAGUAGUCAUCUCCAACCCUCAUGCUACCAUGAACCAGCAGGGUAACCUUGACUCCCCAUCUGGCAGUGGUGUGCUGAGCAGUGGGGGCAGCAGUCCCCUCUAUGGUAAAAACACAGAUCUCAACCAGUCUCCACUGGCUUCCAGCCCCAGCUCUGCACACUCAGCUCCUUCCAACAGCUUGACAUGGGGUACCAACGCCAGUAGUUCUUCUGCAGUUAGCAAGGAUGGCAUGGGAUACCAGUCUGUCAGCAGCCUUCACACCAGCUGUGAGUCCAUAGACAUCUCCCUGAGCAGUGGAGGUGGGCUGAGCCACAACUCCUCCAGUGGCUUGAUUCCAGCCUCCAAGGAUGAUUCCCUGACUCCCUUCGUCCGAACCAACAGUGUUAAGACCACGUUGUCUGAAAGCCCUCUUUCUUCCCCUGCUGCUAGCCCCAAAUUCUGCCGAAAUACUUUGCCCAGGAGACAGGACAGCGACCCACAUCUUGAUAGGAACACUUUGCCUAAGAAGGGACUCAGGUAUACUCCAUCCUCCCAGCUCCGUAGUCAAGAGGAUGCAAAGGAAUGGCUCCGGUCCCAUUCAGCAGGAGGCCUGCAGGAUACUGCUGCCAAUUCUCCAUUUUCAUCUGGAUCCAGCAUAACAUCACCCUCUGGAACCAGAUUUAACUUCUCGCAGCUUGCGAGCCCCACGAGCGCGGCGCAGAUGAGCCUGUCCAACCCCAGCAUGCUGCGCACGCACAGCCUGUCCAACGCCGACGGCGCCUACGAGCCCUACGGCGACACGCGCCUCCGCAACAGCUCCGUGUCCCUGGACGACAAGAGCCGCACCAUGAGCCGCUCCGGCUCCUUCCGCGACGGCUUCGAGGAGGUGCAUGGUUCUUCUCUCUCUUUGGUGUCCAGUACAUCAUCUAUUUAUUCCACACCUGAAGAGAAGUGCCAGUCAGAGAUUCGCAAGCUGCGGAGAGAAUUGGAUGCAUCCCAAGAAAAAGUGUCAGCUCUGACAACUCAGCUGACUGCUAAUGCUCACCUGGUGGCAGCGUUUGAGCAGAGCCUGGGGAACAUGACAAUCCGACUGCAGAGCCUGACCAUGACAGCAGAGCAAAAGGACUCAGAACUGAAUGAGUUAAGGAAGACAAUUGAACUCCUGAAGAAACAAAAUGCUGCUGCUCAGGCUGCCAUCAAUGGAGUGAUCAACACACCUGAGCUGAACUGCAAAGGUCCCGGAGCUGCCCAGCCCGCGGACCUGCGGAUCCGGAGGCAGCACUCCUCAGACAGUGUCUCCAGCAUCAACAGUGCCACCAGCCACUCCAGCGUGGGCAGCAACAUCGACAGUGACUCCAAGAAAAAGAAGAGGAAGAACUGGGUCAAUGAGUUACGCAGCUCCUUCAAGCAAGCUUUUGGGAAAAAGAAAUCUCCCAAGUCAGCAUCUUCUCAUUCAGACAUUGAGGAGAUGACUGAUUCUUCCUUACCUUCCUCACCAAAGCUACCACACCACAACACCACUGUUUCAACACCACUGCUGAGAGCUUCCCAUUCCAAUUCCCUCAUUUCGGAGUGCACGGACAGCGAGGCCGAGACGGUGCUGCAGCUGCGCAACGAGCUGCGGGACAAGGAGAUGAAGCUGACAGACAUCCGCCUGGAGGCCCUCAGCUCUGCCCACCAGCUGGACCAGCUGCGCGAGGCCAUGAACAGGAUGCAGAGCGAGAUUGAAAAGUUAAAAGCAGAGAACGAUCGGCUGAAGUCUGAAAACCACGGCAGCUGCAGCAGGGCUCAGUCUCAGGUUUCCAUCUCCUCCUCUCCCAGACACUCCGUGGGUCUCUCUCAACACAGCCUGAACCUCACGGAGUCAACCAGUCUCGACAUGCUCUUGGAUGACACUGGAGAUGGCUCUGCCCGGAAGGAAGGAGGCAGGCACGUCAAAAUAGUCGUCAACUUCCAGGACGAGGUGAAAUGGAAGGAGGAUUCCAGGCCUCGCUCCUUCCUCAUAGGCUGCAUUGGAGUCAGUGGGAAGACCAAGUGGGAUGUCCUGGAUGGGGUUGUGAGGCGCCUGUUCAAGGAGUACAUCAUCCACGUGGAUCCCUUGAGCCAGCUGGGGCUGAACUCAGACAGUGUUCUGGGCUACAGCAUCGGGGAAAUCAGGCGCACCAGCAGCGCCGAGACCCCCGAGCUGCUGCCCUGUGGCUACCUGGUGGGAGAAAACAACACCAUCUCAGUUACCAUCAAAGGUGUCUGUGAGAACAGCCUGGACGGGCUGGUGUUCGAGUCGCUGAUCCCCAAGGCCAUCCUGCAGCGCUACGUGUCCCUGCUGAUGGAGCACAGGAGGAUCAUCCUGUCGGGCCCCAGUGGCACGGGCAAAACCUACCUGGCCAACAGGCUGUCUGAGUACAUGGUGCUCAGGGAGGGCAGGGAGCUGGCUGAGGGCAUCAUCGCCACCUUCAACGUGGACCACAAAUCCAGCAAGGAACUCCGCCAGUACCUGUCCAACCUGGCAGACCAGUGCAACAGUGAAAAUAAUGCUGUGGAUAUGCCUCUUGUCAUCAUUUUGGAUAAUUUGCACCAUGUUAGCUCCCUAGGAGAGAUCUUUAAUGGACUCCUAAACUGCAAGUACCACAAAUGUCCGUAUAUUAUUGGAACAAUGAACCAAGCCACCUCCUCCACACCUAAUCUUCAACUUCACCAUAAUUUCAGAUGGGUGCUGUGUGCAAACCACACUGAGCCAGUCAAAGGCUUUCUCGGCCGCUUCCUGAGAAGAAAACUGAUUGAAACAGAGAUCAGUGGCAGGAUGAGGAAUGCAGAGCUGGUUAAGAUUAUUGAUUGGAUUCCCAAGGUCUGGCAACAUCUGAACAAAUUCUUGGAGGCUCACAGCUCCUCUGAUGUUACUAUUGGUCCACGGCUCUUCCUUUCGUGUCCAAUAGAUGUAGAUGGUUCUAGAGUUUGGUUCACUGACUUGUGGAACUACUCCAUCAUUCCAUAUCUUCUGGAGGCAGUAAGGGAAGGGCUACAGUUGUAUGGGAGGAGAGCGCCCUGGGAGGAUCCUGCCAAGUGGGUGAUGGACACCUACCCCUGGGCAGCCAGCCCCCAGCACCACGAGUGGCCUCCCCUGCUCCAGCUGAGGCCUGAGGACGUGGGCUUCGAUGGCUACUCCGUGUCCCGGGAAGGCUCCACCAGCAAACAAGUUCCAGUGAGUGAUGCUGAAGGAGAUCCUCUGAUGAACAUGCUAAUGAGACUCCAGGAGGCAGCCAACUACUCCAGUCCCCAGAGUUAUGACAGCGACUCCAACAGCAACAGCCAUCACGAUGACAUCCUGGAUUCCUCUCUGGAGUCCACGUUGUGAUCUCCCUCAGACAGAAGCUGUUUCCUCUUGGCAAGAGCCCUGAUCACAGACUGAUGAAAAGAACACCUUCCUGGGCUGGGAUCUCAGUAUUAAGAGCUGCAAGAACAAGACACUUGGAGCAAUCUUGAACCUGGGUGCAGGCAACCCAAGUGACCUUUUUAUUGUUUUUCU